GAAUGCUCUGGCGGUGAACGCUCUGGCUGCGAAUGCUCUGUCUGAUUUGACGCUGGUUACUGUGAUUGUUUCGUCGUCUUUACAAGCGCGACAAGCGCGACAAGCGCUGGUGUCGAGUAUCUCCUGGGUAGUGAAGCUUGACCAUCGUCCAAGGCUUCCGUAGCAGUAGCGUCAUAUGGUACCGGGCCCUACCCGCUAUCACGAACCCCAGCAACUCCACGUUCACCACCGCGCGCAUUCACAGAUUGUGCUACCACCACAUUCGCCUUGAGAGCCUGAUAUAGUAUACAGGAAAACACUCUCGCUGUGGUGGCAUCACUGGAGUCGCCUGCUACGACAGCGCGCAUCGAUUCAACUACCAUUAGCCCCCACGCUGCCUGGCAACCAUGAAUAUCGUGGAAUGGGCAUUUGGAAAGCGCAUGACGCCGGCGGAGCGUCUGCGCAAACACCAGCGAGCGCUCGAGAAGACGCAACGGGAACUCGACCGAGAGCGCGUGAAGCUCGAGAACCAGGAGAAGAAGCUGGUUGCAGACAUUAAGAAGAGCGCCAAGAAUGGACAGAUGGGACCACUGCGUAUACAGGCAAAGGAUCUCGUACGGACAAGGAGAUACAUCCAGAAGUUCUACCAGAUGAGGACACAGCUGCAGGCGAUAUCGCUGAGGAUACAGACUGUCCGCAGUAACGAGCAGAUGAUGCAGUCUAUGAAGGGAGCAACAACAUUGCUGGGGAGCAUGAACAGGCAGAUGAACCUGCCGGCCCUGCAGCGCAUCGCCAUGGAGUUCGAGAAGGAGAACGACAUUAUGGACCAGCGACAGGAGAUGAUGGACGAUGCUAUCGACGACGCUACUGGCAUGGAGGAUGAAGAGGAGAGCGAAGACGUCGUGAACCAGGUCUUGGAUGAAAUAGGCAUCGACCUUGGCCAAGCACUGGGAGAGACACCAAGUGGCCUCCAGAAGACUGCUGUGCCUGAAGGCAGGGUAGCGCAGGCAAUCGGCGGCGGCGCUGACCCUGACGAUGAUGACCUCCAGGCACGAUUAGACAGCCUGAGGAGAUAAUGAUGUGUUGUAUUAUGUUCUCUUGCAGACCUUGCUCUGCCUACACCUAUCUAGUAUGAGCAACGCUGUGAUGGUCCUCAAGUUGCAGACUAUCACGUAGCCCUCUGUGGCAACAAUGUCUCAUACCUAUCCAUCAAGAUACUGGGGCUGCUUGCAACCGCUGCUUUCGUGCUGUGUACCGCUCGAUAUGGCACUCCAUCCGUCUGUAUCUCUCCGCGGCAGACUAGGAAUUAGCUAC